GCCGCUCCUCUCGUGCAGUCGGAGUCUCGACUCUGGCGCGGAGCAGAACAAUGAGCGGCCGCCGCUUCGUCCGCUUCGCCCUGGGCUGCGUCUUCCUCGCCAGCUGCAGCAGCAGAGGAGCCAACAGCCUCGAACUCCACGUGCCAAAGGUGGUUGAGGCAGAAGUCGGAAAGGAAACCUCUAUCUCAUGCAACUUCGUCAUCCCCGAGAACAGCAGUUAUGCCUACGUCAAGUGGUUUUAUAUGGAGAAAAGUGAACGGAAGGAGAUCUUGUCCAAGACCCAGGACGGGGUGGACCUCAAGGAGUCAGACAUGAAAGACCGAGUAGGCAUCAGCGACGAAUUUGCCCUGAGCAUCAGCAAGGUGGCCCCGCGGGAUGCCAGGACGUACUGGUGCCAGGUGGGAGCGGGCAGUGCCGGCUUUGCGGAGAAGCAGGCGGAGCUGCGUGUCUCGAAGACUCCAGAAACGUCAGUGACUGUUGUGAGUGACGGCAUCGGGGCCUCAAAGGAUGACCUUUCUCAGAUUGCGACAUGUACCAGCCAGAAUGGUUACCCGACUCCAUCCAUCACAUGGUACAAGGACCAGCACCCUCUGUACCCCAACGGAACAGAUCCCUCCGAGAACAUCGAUUUUGUCAUCGACGGCCCCGGCAAGGAACUGAAGGAGGGCGACCAGGUGACGCUGCGCUGCAAAGCAGAUGGGUAUCCGGAGCCCGAUUACACCAUUUUCAAAGUGGAGGACCAGCUGCUGAAUGCUCCCGGUGGGGAGCUGACCUUGGAACACGUCAAGAAGGAGGACAGCGGCACCUACUACUGCCGGGUGUUCGAUUUCGAGAGCAUGUACGAGCUGGAGGCCAACGUCACCCUGUCCGUCAACUAUAUCGAUGUGCCCACAAUCACCCCAGAGCACCACGAAGCCUUGAAGGAAGGAGAAGAUUUGGAACUGGCCUGUGACGCAAAAGGCUCCAAGCCUUUGGAAUUCAAGUGGAAAAAGAAGGGGAAGGUGGUGUCCCGAGGAAAGAAACUCUCCUUGUUCAACGUCACCCACGAGACUUUGGGCAACUACAGCUGUGUGGUCACAAUGCCAGAGGUGGCAGGGCUCGUCCACUCCAAACAUGUCUUUGUCAACGUUUAUUCAAAACCCAGCCUGACGGGGGAGAUGCACCAGGAAUACGUCCGCGUGAACGAGCUCAUCAGCCUUUCCUGCAUUGCGGUCGCAGUACCCAAGGCCACCAUCUUGUGGAGCGCGCCCAACGGAACGAGCGGACACUCACACCGGAACGGCCACGUCAACAGCACUCUUCAGAUCCGGGUCACACCAGAACUUCUGAAAUCUGGAAUCAACUGCACGGCCCAGAAUAACCUUGGCCUGGCGGAGCAUCACUUCAGUCUGCAGAAGAGACCAGACCCGACGCCUCCCUCCACCAGGAUUGAUAAAGAGGCGCGAGAGAGCAAAGGCGUCAUCAUCGUGGCGGUCGUGGUCGGGAUCCUGGUGAUUGCCGUCCUGGGGGCGGUCCUCUACUUCCUGCACAAGAAAGGAAAGCUCCCUUGCGGGCGCUCCGGCAAACAAGAGAUCACAAGGCCCGAAGCACACAAAGACGAGAUUGUAGUUGAAGUUAAGUCAGAUAAACUUCCAGAAGAGGCGGGGCUCCUGCAGGGCGCCAACGGCGAGAAGAAAUCGGCAGGCGACCAGGGAGAGAAAUACAUCGACCUGAGGAACUGAGGAAGAGAGACCACGCUGUGCUUCCCCCACCCCCCAUGACUUCUCCUGUCCCUUUGACUGCCUCUGCCCCCCCCCCACUGACAAGCAGCCGAAGUCCUUCAAGCUCAGCACCGCAAGUGCACGAAAUGGAUCUACACGGAGGGACGCUGAGCAGCCCGGAGGAUUCGAAUGGGUGGCCAGAUGAGUCCAAGCAGACAGGGCUUCCUUCCAGACACCCCCCCCCCAAAAAAAAAAAGAUUUAAGAAGGGAUUGCAUCCCUGUUACAGAGCCGAACCGUAGGGAAACGUGCUCGAAAAAAGUUUAGUAUUUGCUGUUGCAACCUCUGGGUUGCUCUUAUUUCUAAAGCAGACCCUAAAAAUGUCAAUACCUGCCAGGCCGAGUUGGGCACAUCUCUGCUUAUAAUUGGAACUCUUUGUCCAACUGCUGAAGCUUAGUCCUAUAAGUGAGCAAACUUCAGCUAAAGGCGCAGAACGGGAGAAUGGCAGGGGAGCGGCUCGGGUUUUUACCCUGGGUUUGCGCUGCGGCACUGCAGAAAGACAGUGGCUUUUUCACUCAGCGCUUCGUUUGUGCGGGCAAGGCACACAGCGGAAGACAUGGUUGGAAAGGCACUUCCCUAUAUUGGCUAUGUGGAGCUGCCAUCCCCCACACAUCCCUCUGUUUCAGAGUAAGGCCCUGACGAAGGCAGGAAGACUUACUUCUGGGUAAACCUAUGUAAGAGUUAAGAGAGCACACGAAAGGGUCUUUCCCUGCACUGUAGCAACUACGAUAGCAACAAGGUCUCCCUUUUGUACCAAACUGUUCAUCGGCACAUUUCAUUUUUUCCUUUUUGUCCCAAAAGUCCCAUCUGUUCUUGGUGUCCUCCCCGUCUCCCCCCCCCCCCCAAAAAAAUAACAAUGUGCAGGUUCACGUCUGUGAAGCACUUGUCGAGACUUUGGGGAAACUUCGAGGCACAGAAAUGGAUGCCAAGCAGAAGUAGAGACUUCUAUCUUGUCUUUUCUUGAAUUCCCCCCCCCCUUCUUCAAGAACCUGGGCAGAUGCCAUGAGGAAAACUUGAGAGAAGGUGGCACUUGAACGCAAACCAAGGUGUCGCAAACACGGUCUCCUUAAUAAUGUGCUGCCAGAAGCAAGAGGCCCCCUCCUCUAUCGCGGCUCCCAAAGUUUUCUGCUUCUCUUUCUCCCUCCCUCCCGCACCAGUUUCAGUUUUAAAUGGGCAAACACAAAAGUAGAGUCAAAGCACCCGCUCCCUUUCGUAGAGGUUGCUUUUCUAAUUCCCCCGAACAACAGCAGCGGAACAGACUCUAUGGUGUAAAAAAAAAAAAAAAGAGGCAAGAAUUGCAGAUUGUACUUUAGGCAACAUUUCCUGUACAGUUCAAUCGACGGGCAAAAUCGUUAACGCCAAAAAUCCCAGGGAGAGAAGGGAACGUUGUACUUUAUCUUGUAAGCUAGAAAGUUAUCAAACAAACAAAAGCUUUUGUUUUAUAUAUAUAUUUUUGUUGAUGUGUGUGUAAAUUUAAGAGUGUCUGAGUUGCAGGGUGUUUUUAUAUAUGUUAUAUAUGUAUAUGAAAAUAAAGUUUAA